AACUCUCGCGAUAUUAUAAAAAUGAACAAGGUAAUUUUCACCAGAGUCUCUGCCUGUUUUGCUUACAGUUCAAACAGACAGUACAGGAAGGAGUGAGUAUUGAUCCUAGUUUUCCAUAAGGUAGUGUCUCUCUAUUCUGCGAGUAUGGCAGGCAGUCAGUCGGUAGACAUAAUUACAAAGGUCCUGGAGAAUCAAAUGAUUCAGACUGCCAAAGCUUUAGAGGAGCAGCUUGACGCAGAGAUGACAAAAUUGGAUACUAUGGAUGAGGAUGAACUGGACAGACUUAAGGAGAGGAGACUUGAGGCACUAAAGAAAGCACAGCAACAGAAGCAGGAUUGGCUUUCCAAAGGGCAUGGAGAAUACAGAGAGAUACCAAGUGAGAGAGAUUUCUUCCAAGAAGCAAAGGAAAGCAAGAAUGUAGUUUGCCACUUUUAUAAAGACUCAACCUUCAGAUGCAAAAUUUUAGACAAGCAUUUGGCUAUUUUAGCAAAGAAACACCUGGAGACAAAGUUCAUUAAACUAAAUGUUGAAAAGGCCCCUUUCCUGACUGAGCGGCUACAUAUCAAAGUUAUUCCUACAUUGGCACUCGUGAAAGAUGGGAAGACCAAAGAUUAUGUUGUAGGGUUCAACGACCUUGGAAACACAGAUGAAUUUACAACAGAAGUUUUGGAGUGGCGUUUGGGAUGUUCAGAAAUUAUUAAUUACAGUGGUAAUUUGAUGGAGCCACCCACUGCAGGCCAGAAGCAAGGGUCCAAGUUCACAAAGGUGGAAAAGAAGACAAUCCGAGGAAGAGGGUACGAUUCUGAUUCGGACGACGAUGACUAAAGGACUGAAUCCUCUACUGUCAUUUCUUUCUGCUCUUAUUAUAUUACAAACAUGACUUUCUGCUUUCAGUUGAUAUUCAUGUUUCAUUACGCCUUUGUUUUACCCCUUCAGCUGUUAAUUUUUGUUUGUACCAACAGAGAACUCAUUGUAAAAUAGUUGUAUUUAAUACAAUAAAUUAUACAAUUGCAAAUGUAAAGUUCUGGUAUGCAGUUGAGGACUCAUUUUUUCAUUCUGUCCCUCAUUUGGCCUGACCUCCUAGGGGUAAACACACAGGCAGUAUGGAGUAUAUAAUGUGUUUAUUCAUUCCUCUUGGAGUUGUUUAAUGGCAAUGCAAAGGCUAAUCUUUACAUCCACCAAGUUACCUUUUUUUUUUUUUUUUUUUUUUUUUUUUUUUAACAGAAGAAAUGACUCCAAUAUAUGUUAAGGGUAAUUUGAUCAUUAAUUUAAAAGUGUUAAGUUGGCCUGAUCAGUGUUAAAAUAACAAUGGUCGCAAAAAACUAGCUAGGAUUUUUGUUGAACUAAUGCUAUGCAAACUUGAUUGCAGAACUGGUUUGGGUGGUGUUUUGAGAACUAAUUGCUCCCUACCAGGGUAUGAGCAGCUAAGAAUGCCACAAGCUUCAGGGCCAGUUGUUGCCCUGGUACAUUUGGACAGUAUAUUGAUAUGUGCUUUAACAUAAUAAAGAAAAGAAGUAUUGGAA